AUGGCUAAAGUGAAUCUUACUUUUGUCACUGAAUUCAUUCUCAAGGGAAUUACAGACCAGCCAGAGCUUCAGGUCCCCUGCUUCGUGGUGUUGUUGGUCAUUUACCUGGUCACAGUGCUGGGCAACCUGGGUUUGAUAACCUUGAUCAGAAGUGAUGCUCGACUCCACACACCUAUGUACUAUUUCCUCAGUCACUUGGCCUUUGUUGAUCUCUGCUACUCCUCUGCUAUCACACCAAAGAUGAUGGUGAACUUUGUUGUGGAGCACAACACUAUUGCUUUCUAUGCUUGUGCAACGCAACUGGGCUGUUUUCUCACCUUCAUGAUCACAGAGUGUUUCCUCUUAGCUUCCAUGGCCUAUGAUCGCUAUGUGGCCAUCUGUAGUCCCCUGCAUUAUUCCACACUGAUGUCAAAGAGAGUCUGCAUUCGACUACUGGCAGUUCCAUAUAUAUACAGCUUUCUGGUCGCCCUGUUCCAUACCAUCAUCACCUUCCGUCUAACUUACUGUGGCCCCAAUGUUAUUAACCAUUUCUACUGUGAUGACCUCCCUCUCUUGGCUCUGUCAUGCUCAGACACACGCAUGAAGGAAAUUCUGAUCUUUGCCUUUGCUGGUUUUGAUAUGAUCUGUUCGUCUUCCAUUGUCCUCACCUCCUACCUCUUCAUCAUCACCGCCAUCCUAAGGAUCCGCUCUACCCAGGGCCGACUCAAGGCCAUUUCUACCUGUGGCUCCCACAUGGUGGCUGUUACUAUUUUUUAUGGCACGCUGAUCUUUAUGUACCUGCAACCCAAGUCAAACCACUCCCUGGACACAGACAAAAUGGCAUCUGUGUUUUACACUGUGGUGAUCCCCAUGUUGAACCCACUCAUCUAUAGUCUAAGAAAUAAAGAGGUGAAAGAUGCCUCCAAGAAAGUCUUGGGAAAAGGUUGUGAAAUUUUAAAGACAUUAAAAUUAAGAAAAUAA